CCGUUUUACUGACCCCCUCUACUAAAACCCUAAAACCCUAAGACUCUACACUCGUCUCAUUUCUCCCGCCUCUCUCUCUCUGCAAAUGUGCUUUUCUCAAAGCCAUGGCCAUGGCGAAACACGCCGGCCUUCUCACCAAAGCAGCCCCUAUCGUGCAGCAACGCUUUGCCUUCUCUCUCUUCUCCUCUUCCAUUUCAUCUCUUCCUUCUCCUAACAAGAGGCUUUCGCAACGUUUUCUGAGGCCUUCUUUCCCUCUGGUUUCUCUCUACGACCUCCAUGGCUCCUCUGUCUUUUCUCGAGGGUUUUCCAGCCAGGCUACGAUCUCUUCUCUGAGAGACCUCUCCCCUAAUUGGAGUAACAGACCCCCUAAAGAGACAAUUGUGCUUGAUGGCUGUGACUUUGAGCACUGGCUUGUGGUCUUGGAGCAGCCUGAGGGUAACCCCACUCGUGACGAAAUCAUUGGUACUUAUAUCAAGACCCUGGCUCAAGUUCUUGGGAGUGAAGAGGAAGCCAGGAAGUCCAUCUAUUCUGUGUCCACCAGAUGCUACUAUGCGUUUGGAUGCAUUGUGUCUGAGGAACUUUCCUACAAGAUCAAAAAUUUGCCAAGGGUUCGUUGGGUUCUUCCUGAUUCAUAUCUUGACGUUAAGAAUAAACUCUAUGGAGGGGAGCCUUUCAUAGAUGGGCAAGCUGUUCCAUAUGAUCCAAAAUAUCAUGAAGAAUGGAUGCGUAACCAUCAGAAAGCAUCUGAAAGGUCGAGGCGUAAAGAUGGGCCAAGAACCAGGAACUUUGAUAGACGAAGAGAAAACAUGCAAAAUAGGGACUUUCAGAGUUCUGGGGUAACACCAAUGCCCAAUAAUGAGGGUACCCAGAAUAAAGAAACCCCCCCAAUGCCAAAUACACAGGAUUAUCAAAAUAGGGACAUGCCUCAGAUGACUAAUUCACAAGGUUAUCAGAACAGGGAUAUGCCCCCGAUGCCGAAUUCCCAAGGAUUUCAGAAUAGGGACAUACCCCCCAUGCCUAGGGACAUACACCCGAAUUCUCAAGGACUUCAGAAUAGGGACAUACCCCUGAUGCAGGGUAAUCAAAACAGGGGCAUGGCACUAAACCCAAAUCCUCAGGGUUAUCAAAACAGAGAGGUGCCCUCAAUGACUAAUACUCAAGGUUAUCAGAACAGGGAUAUGCCACCAGCUGUCCCACUGCCUAAUAUGCAGGGUAAUCAAAACAGGGAUAUGAUUUCAAAUUCAAAUCCUCAAGGUUAUCAAAAUAGGGAGGUGCCCUCGAUGACAAAAACUCAAGGUUAUCAGAACAGGGAUAUGACAGCAGCCUCACCGGUGCCCAAUAUGCAGGGUUAUCAAAACAGGGAAAUGAGUUCAAUCCCAAAUCCUCAGGGUUAUCAAAACAGGGAGAUACCCUCAAUGUUAGGUAAUCAAGGUUAUCAGAACAAGGAUAUGCCACCAACCCCAAGUACUCAUGGCUUUCAGAGUAGGGAGAAUCCCCCAUUUCCAAAUGGAAACUUCUAAAAUCAGAAUUUUGAGAAUAGGAACCAGCCCCAAUAUCCAAAUGGGGACUUCCAGAAUCAGGGUUUUCAAAACAGGGGCAGACCUCAAUUUCCAAAAUGGGGGCAUCCAAAAUCAGGGUUUUCAGAGCAGGGAUGCAGCCCCAAUGCCAAAUGAUGCUUUCAGUAAGAGAGUAUUCGGAACACAAUGCCUCCAAUUCAAGAUAUAGGGAGUGGUGCGAAUAGAGAAUGCCAGAUGAGUGAUAUGCCAGGUCGAAAUAUGGGAAAAUUUGAGAAUAGGGAUUAUUAUUAGAGCAGAGAGAUGCCUAGUAGAGAUUUUGGUAGCAUGCCUGGCAGAGAUGAUGCACCAAGAGACAUGCCCAAUAGAGAUAUGGGGAACACGUCAGCUGAUAGAGAUGUGCCUCUGAUGCAAACUAGUAACUAUUAGUUCGGCUUUAUGAAUCAGACUUGAAAACUGAAUAUAGGCUUUGCAAGUUAAUAAAGACGAAGUCUUAAUACUCUUGAAGAUUUGAAGUCAGGGAGACAUUUUUUGCGGUAUAGUCAUUGAGUUUGAGAUUGUCUGUGUAGAGGUUAGGAAAUAACCAAUGUUUUGUUCUUGGGUAUGUCUAAAACUUUCUUAAGUUUAGCCAUCUUUCUGCAUGGGGACUUCCUGUUUUGUAUGAGGUGAGCAUGGAGAAUGUUGAUAUAAAAUAUAUGCAUUUUAAAUUU